AUAGAUCGUAGUUCCUAGUUCAGGUGGUGAAAGACGUGUUUUAUUUUGAAGAUCAUCUCAUUACCAUAUAAAAGUUGCGUUGCUGCUGUGUGGCAGAACAGUAGUCGCAGACGCAGUGCUAGGAUACAUAGGGAACUGAGCUCGGGAAUAUCAUUUUUUUUAUGAGAGCGCAUCCGGAUAUGUGUGUUAUGUUACCUGUUUAGUAAAUGACAAGGAAGUUUUUUGCAGCUCAAUCUUGCGUUGUAGUAAAUUGGUACAGAAGUUUAUGACAGCGUUUGAACAUGCUUGUCUGAAUGAUAAGCCGAAACUGGCAAUCAAGUGGAUUUAGGAGAAAUUCUUUACUGUUUCGCGAGUCCGUGAGUCGAUAGGAUCUGAAGAAUUAGAAACGGGAGGAUCACAAACAAGUCUGGAAGCCAUCCUGAUUUUAGAAAUCCCUUCAUCUCAACCUUUGGAUUCUGAACAGAGACGGCAACUGAACCGCAUUCAGGCUAUAGAGGAUGCGUCCUGUCCAGUCCUUCAUCCUCAUGAUCAUCCUGUGCAGCCUCUGUAUUGUCUUCUACUAUUCCUCAUUCAACCUGCAGCUGGCCUACAGCCACCGAUCUCUGCUGGAGGUCUCGGCCAACCCCACCCCGGAGGGAAACCGCGUCAACCACCCUCCGUUUGGUAAGGAUAGUAAAAUGACUGCCUUCAAAGAGGCAAAGCCAAGUGACCCUAUUCCGUUCACCUCUUCUGUUCCUCCUGUUCUUCAAACCGCUGUCACUGUGUCAGCUUCCUUCCGAGAGUUCAUUCCCCAGAACCAAGCCUAUUGGAACCGCUUACUGCACUUUCAACUCCGACGCAUGGGCCAGAGGCAGGAGGGGAUAGGGCAGGAGGGCAGCAACUGGUCCAGCUGCGAACAAAAUCCCGAGCACCUGCGGACCAACGUUCAUGACUUCAGUUCCUAUCCAGAGCUCCACCAGGUCUUCAUACGGGGGAUGGAUUGUAGACACCCGCCCAUCCUGAUCAACCAACCAGAGAAGUGCACCUCGGACGGCGGGGACACAUUCCUCCUCUUCGCCAUUAAGUCGACCCCGAAAAACUUUGAGCAGAGACAGGCGGUCCGGGAGACGUGGGGUCGAGAGGGGGUGUACAGCGGAGGGGUCCGAGUUCGUACAGUGUUCCUCCUGGGCUCCACUUCCCAAGAUGAUCCCGAUCUCAGCCAGUUGCUGGCGUAUGAGGGGAGAAGAUACGGCGACCUUCUUCAGUGGGGCUUCAAGGACUCGUUCUUUAAUCUCACUCUAAAGGAGCAUGUGUUCUAUCGGUGGGCACUGACGCACUGCCCCAACAUCUCCUUCGUCUUUAAAGGGGAUGACGACGUCUUCGCCAACACCAAGGCUAUACUGGCUCACCUGCAGUCCCUGGAGCCGGACAAAGCCUCAAAGCUCUACUUGGGCCAGGUGCUCACUUCUGCUAGUCCUCUGCGUGACACUAAGAGCAAGUACUAUAUUCCCGAGUCCUUUUAUGAGGGUCCAUACCCUGCGUACGCUGGCGGAGGAGGCUACCUCUUCUCUGGGUCAUUAAUCAGACCACUUUACGGCAUCACCCUGACGCUCCCUUUCUUCCCCAUUGACGACGUCUACUCAGGGAUGUGCUUCAGUGCUCUGGACGUCGCCCCAGAGGUGCACCCCGGCUUCCAUACCUUUGACAUACGGGAGCAGGACCGGGAAAACGUGUGUGUUCACAGGAACCUGCUGCUGGUGCACAAGCGGUCACCUCAGCAAAUCCUGCGCCUAUCGAGGAGCAUGAAGAACCCCCUGCUCAUAUGCUAACGUUGAUCCCACUGGCACACGGUUAGAGGUCAACGGUCAGAGGUCAACGGUCAUCCAAGGACAUUGGUUCGGGUAGGACGGCUCAACGAUGGAUAAAAUGGAGUGAAUGCUAGGAUAGAUGCGUAGCGCGGCUGUGGAUGUUCACUAGUGUCGGUCAGCGGUCUGAGAUGGUGGUGUGGGCAAAUCUGAGUGUAUUUCGGGUCUCGACUGGCACAACAAACAAUUAAAUGGCCAUGUGGGAGUUUGAUUAUAUGGAGUAGAAAUGGCUAAAUCCUUGGGUGUUUGACUAAUACAGAUUGAAUAUCUUUACAUUAAGAGAAGCUGUUUGAGGUUUCACUUUAACAUGUUUUAAUGUUCAAAUGGAAGCCUUUUUUCUUUUAUAAUUCUCAUUUCAGGUGUUUUUUUUUGACACCUUUCGACGGAUAGGCUGACGCUAUAAGCCUGUUCUCCCUGUUUAAAAUGCAACCAGUCACAAAUGAAUGUCUUUCCUCCUGGUCAUGCUAAAGUUUCUGAGCCUGAUUGAGCCAGAUGCUUGUUUUCUCUUAUCUUCAAGAUUUGUCAUUGUCUGAUUCUACAGCUUUAGUUACACUAUGGGGACAUCAUUACUUGGAAAUAGUCAUUUUUGCAUGGACAUUGCCAUUGAGAAGUCAGUUGGGUAAAGGAUUGCAAAUGGUUUCAGAAGGACUCGCUUUAUCUGGGAUGUUUGGAUGUUCAGGUUCUGGCAAACAUACUAGAAUACCUGUCGUGUUCUUUGGGAGUGUGUGUUUUCAUUUAAAUUUAUGUAUAUAUAGUUGCAAACAUUUAAAUUAUUUAAAGAUGCAUUGUUAUUUUUGGCCUACAAAGUGGCGAGCAAAACAGAUCCCAACAUUUGUGUUAUGACAUGUAUGUGUUGACCUGGCCAUGUCAGCAAAACCAAUCGUUUUCAAAUUUCUUGAGGUACGAUAGUGAUUCUACUCACAGAUUCUGCACAUAUGAAAACAUUACACAUCCAGGAGGUUAAAAAAAGAAUGCAUCUUUACCUGAACUCACCUAAUCAAAUAAAAUAUUGAAUUUUGGCCUCUUA